AUCUGAGGCAGCAGCGGCAGUUCCCCUGCGCUCUCCCUCCUGCAGGCUGUGCUCAUACACACAUACACUCUCAAACCAAUAGGAUACUGGACAUACGUUCACACAAUCCUAUACUUACAAUCUUGCCGCUGCGGGCACUCACUCGCACACUGCAUUCAGACACUUUGAGUUCAUAUCGGAGGCAGACUUUCACUUUACACACACUUAUUCCUGCUUUGCAAAUCUCUCACUGAAAAAUGAGGACAACUGUGUUUUGCUUUUGUGCCAGUCUCCUGCUUACAGCCACCUUGGUGCCGCGCACCAGCCAGGCAGCGGACUUCCCCGUCAACUCACCCCAGAGAUGGGACACUAGAGGACCCUUUUCUUUGGGAUCGGACUCUGGGACUCCCACCUCCUGCCCCAUUAAACUGAGACCCUCGGGCCAGUGUGGGAGCUCUGGGGCCAGGGCAGAGGAUGGGGAGGACUGCCCUUACCAGAUCACCCUGCCUCCCCUCACCAUCCAGCUGCCCAAGCAGUUCAGGCUGCUGGAGAAGACGAUGAAGGAGCUGCAGAGCCUGAAGGAGGUGGUCAACAAGCUGAAGAGCGGGUGCCAGGAGUGCCGCGGGGCACAGGGCAACGGGGCUUUUGGAAAUCAGCAAGCCGACCAGGGACAGACGCAGGUCCCCCUUCAGAGGGGGGUUGCUGGGGAACAACUGAGGCUGGACCCGACAGGACAGGACGUGCAAGGUGGGUCCAGCCGAGAGGAGAGGGGAGAUGGGAUGGUCCCUGGAGCUACUGUGGACGCUGCUGGACUGGGGCAUGGUUCUAUUUUUGGGAAAAUUACACCGAGCCCGAGCAGUAUGCAGGAGAUGCAGGUGAAGCUGAAUAAGAUGUCAGCCAGCCUGCGCAACGCCAGGAACCAGAUCUCGGCUAUGCAGGGUCGUUUUGAGGGGCUCAACCUGCUCAACAUGGACAACGUGCAGGCGAUGGUGGACAGGCGGGUGGAGAACAUCUCGGGAGUGGUCAGCAAACUCAGCUCCACCUGCACGACCCAGUGUGCAGUAUCAAACACCCCUCAGUCAGUCAUCUUAGCCCCUCGGGACUGUUCAGACUACACUGUGCUGGAAGCGAGGAAGAACGGCGUGUAUCGCGUGACCCCUGAUCCUCGCAACGGUACAUUUGAGGUCUUCUGUGACAUGGAGUCUUUUGGAGGUGGAUGGACCGUGAUACAGCAACGGCUCAAUGGGUCUGUCAGCUUCAACCGCACCUGGGCCGAGUAUAAGAAAGGCUUCGGGAACCUCAGAGGUGAGUUCUGGCUGGGCAAUGACCAUCUCCACUUGAUGACAAAAGCCAAAGACAUGAUCCUGCGCAUCGAGCUGGAGGACUUUGAGGGUGUUCGGGAGUACGCCAAGUACGAUCAGUUCUACGUGUCCAAUGAAUAUCUUCGAUACAGGCUGGCUGUCAGUGGAUACAGUGGGACAGCUGGGAACGCCAUCAGCUUCAACAAGCACUUCAACCACGACCAGAAGUUUUUCUCCACGCCCGACCGCGACAACGACAUGUACCCCUCCGGAAACUGCGGCGCCUACUACAGCUCCGGCUGGUGGUUCGACGCCUGCAUGUCCGCCAACCUCAACGGGAAGUACUACCACAAGAGGUACAAGGGAGUCAGGAACGGGAUCUUCUGGGGAACGUGGCACAACAUGACGACGGAGUACUACCCUACCAACUACAGGCAGGCCUUCAAAACGGUCAAGAUGAUGAUGCGGCCCAAGAACUAUGCCCCUUAAGAGGACAGGUGAAUAUUAGUAUAGUCAGACGCCGGAGAGAUAGGUGGACGAACGCAAACAAAGACAGAAAACGGAAGAACAAGUAGACUCAUACACAUGCGCAUAGUCAUGCAUUUGCACACAUUUAUGCUGAAAAAGACUAUAUGCCCUAUAGACAGUUUGAAUGCAGUAAUAACAAAAAUAAUUGUGAAAAAAUUUAACUAUGCUAUUACUUUUCCCCACUGCAGUGAGUGUGGCCUUCAAAACGUUGGAUUAAAAUGAUGAUACUAAAGGACAAUGGACUAUGAAUGAUGAUGGACUAAUAAAAAAAACACACAUGCAGUGUAAAGGCCAGCCUCUUUCAGGGGCCAUAAUAUUAUACGGGGUGUUACCAAGAGAGAUUUUUCACUGUUUCUCUGACAUUUCCUCCACUUUCUGUCCUGCUGCCUCCUCCCGCUAUAAACCCAGCUGAGACGCAGCACAGCACACAGUAGUAGUAAAAACUAAUGAGCUGUCAUUUUCUCCGCUCUAAAUGGUUUCAUAAUUAACAGCGGCCACUCAAGUGAGGGAUAUGAGAGCUGAUGAUACAGUUUUGAGUGGCUCGGAAAUUCAUUGUGAGCGACUUCAUGCUGGGGUCAGAGUCAAACCGCUUAAAAAAUAACUACAGGAAGUGAUAUACUACACACUUUGGGCAGCAGUGCACAAGUAAUAGCUUCUGUGUCGUUUAUUUAAUUACACUGGGACACUUUGCUAAUGUAUCAUCAUCCUAUACAAUAUAAAACACCCCAGUAUAAAUACGCAGCCUGAGAUACAUUUCUAUUGGAUCAUGCCCAAGAACAUUUUGCAUUAUUGAUGCUCUAGUAAAUUCGUCUUGACAGCAGCGACGGAGCAGGACACUGUUGCAAGAAAAACUGUUCCAAUUGUAUUUCCACCAUUAACUCUGGGUGCACUGAACUACUGCACAUCUCUUGAUGCCAUACACCAGUUUUCACAUGUAAAAAAAGAAAUCCUCCUUCAAUCACCACUUGUACAAUACCGCCGCCUAAUGUUAGAAAACUGUAUAGCAUCACUUUAAUCCAUUCUAUACACACUGUGAAUGAGACGGAUGGGGAAAGAAAUGUUUAAGGACGUGUACAGUAUUUAUUUUAUUUUGUGAGGUAUGAUAGCUUUUAUAUUAUACAUAGGUCAUACAGUACAAGGUCAAAUUUGUUGAUAUUUGAGCAAUGAUAAAGACAUUAUUGUGACCAUUCAUAGUAAUUAUGUGUGUAUUUGGAGCUUUGUGUGUGUGUGUGCGAUAUUGAUCUUUUCUAUCAUUCAUAUUCAACCGUCAUGCCAAAAAGAUAUGCACUUUUUAUAUCAAAAAAAUUAAUAAAGUUCUAACUACAUGGCUGUGUACAUUGCAGUGUUUGGUAAUCAUGUUGAUGCCUGCUCAUCUUUAUGAAAGCAUCUUAAUGAACGUAUACAAAAAUGUAUACAAGUUUAGCAUGAGUAGAAAUCCCAAAACUGAAGUGUGGGCUAUUUGAAGCCUGUAAAAAUGGAGGGAUGAGGUGCUGCAUGCCCAUAAUAAAUGGGUUAAUGACUCAAUAAAAGGACUCAAUAAAAGGUGGAGUUCAUAUCAACUGCACAGAAGAUGAAUGAUCAAACUGUGGGCCUGUGACUUUAAUGUCUGUUUACUGUAUGUGACGAUCAAGUUAAUAAAAAAAGGAUUGUGCUCAUUCCA